AUGCCGGGAAUUCGCAUCGCCAUCGACCGGGGAGGCACCUUCACAGAUGUCCACGCCUCGAUCCCCAAUCGAGAUGACCUUAUACUGAAAUUGCUCUCUGUUGAUCCUCAGAACUAUAACGAUGCCCCGACAGAAGGUAUCCGGCGUGUUCUGGAAGUUGCAUCUCAUUCAUCCAUUCCACGAGGCCAACCGCUCGAUCUCCGGGAUGUAGAGAGCAUUCGAAUGGGCACAACAGUGGCAACGAACGCCUUAUUAGAGCGCAAAGGCGAGCGAUGUGCCUUUCUAAUAACAAAGGGCUUCAAGGACCUGCUGGUUAUUGGAAAUCAAGCACGUCCGGAUAUAUUCGAUCUCAGCGUUACUGUGCCCGCUGUUCUAUACGAGACUGUUGUCGAAGUCGACGAACGAGUCACGCUCGAGGCGUUUACUGAAGACCCAGACCAAAGACGACCGACUGAUGAAGAGAUCAAAGGUGAUCCAGACCUAGUUCUUGGUGUUUCGAAAAAGGUUGUGCGCGUCUUGCGUCGACCUGAUCUUGAUUUAGUGCGCCAGCAACUGCAGGGUCUUCGUGACCAAGGCAUUCGCAGCGUUAGUAUCUGUUUCAUGCACAGCUACACAUACCCAGGUCACGAGCUUGCCGUUGCUGCAGUAGCGGAGGAAUUGGGAAUCAGUGUAUCAGUGAGCGCUGUCUUACAACCCAUGAUCAAGAUGGUUCCUCGAGGACAGUCAGCUACCGCCGACGCAUACCUUACACCACUCACUCGUCAAUAUACCGAUGGUUUUCGUCCGGGAUUCGUCGGUCAAUUAGAGGCUGCAGAGUCGCCACGUUGUGACAUGAUGCAGAGUGAUGGCGGUCUUGUCGACUUCCGGCGUUUUUCCGGAUUGCGAGCCAUUCUGUCCGGUCCAGCAGGUGGAGUUGUCGGUUAUGCUCAAACAUGUUAUGACGAGAAACCGCUCAUUGGGUUUGAUAUGGGAGGCACUUCAACAGAUGUAUCUCGCUAUGCUGGUAUGUAUGAGCAUGUUUUCGAAAGUGUCACAGCGGGGAUUGCACUGCAGACUCCUCAGCUUGACAUCAACACCGUUGCGGCAGGUGGAGGAUCUCGGCUUUUCUGGUCUCAUGGGUUGUUCAAGGUUGGACCAGACAGUGCAGGCGCUCAUCCUGGACCGGCGUGCUAUCGCAAAGGUGGACCGGCAACAGUAACCGAUGCCAAUCUGGUGCUGGGCCGGUUGGUCCCUGAGUGUUUCCCACGUAUCUUUGGUCCAGACGAAAACGAGCCCCUGGAUGAAGCAGCUGCUCGUGAAGUUCUUGUUGAACUGGCAAAGGAAAUUGAGCGUGAUACACAACGCACCCUUUCUCCAGAGGAAGUUGCCUUGGGUUUCUUACGUGUUGCGAAUGAAAUCAGCACGAACUGGUGGUAUUUGGAGGUGCUGGGGGACAGCACGCUUGCUCUAUUGCCGCAGCUCUGGGCAUCAGUCGUGUACUACUACACCGAUACACUUCCAUAUUAUCGGCUUAUGGAAAUGGUCGAGCAGCUACGAACGAAAGCGUUUGGUCAGCUGCGUGAUCAAGGAAUUGAUGAGGCAACCGGCGAUGAGAUAUAUGUUGAGCUCUUCUUACACAUGCACUAUCAUGGUUCCGAUACCUUGAUUAUGAUCCCACAGCCUACUGCAGGUGAUCAGUGGGCGUUUGGUGAAUGUUUCAUUGAGAGACAUCGCCAGGAGUUUGGCUUUAGCUUGCCUCGUGAUGUCUGCAUCGGCGACGUUCGUUUACGUGCCGUUGGUCGUAAACGAGGGACUGGCGAGAGAAGUUUACCACCAUCAAAGCAACUAGAGGCUCUCAGUUCCAUUCAGGGGCCGGCCGCAGAAGCCAAGUUCAUGACGAAAAAGGUCUACUUUGAGCAACAUGGCUGGCAAUCGACGCCAGUCUACCGGCUUGAAACCCUUCCAGUGGGCAAUCGGUUGGUUGGCCCGGCGUUAAUAAUCGACAAGACGCAGACUAUUCUAGUGACCCCAGGAGCAAAAGCAACGGUACUCAAGAGUCAUAUAGUUAUUGACAUUAUACCCGAGAGUUCAGCCAGUGCUUCAGAUCCUGUGGUUCGCACCGUUGACCCUGUGCAGCUUUCUGUAUUUGGCCAUCGUUUCAUGGGUAUUGCUGAACAAAUGGGCCGUACUCUGCAGAAAACGAGUGUGAGCACAAACAUCAAGGAGCGUUUGGACUUCUCGUGCGCUAUUUUCUCUGGUGACGGCCAAUUAGUUGCCAAUGCUCCGCAUGUCCCCGUGCAUCUGGGAAGUAUGCAGUAUGCAGUACUGUGGCAACACGAUUAUUGGAAAGAUAAGCUAAAGGAGGGCGAUGUGCUGGUCUCUAAUCAUCCGAUCUGCGGAGGAACCCAUCUCCCAGAUCUCACCGUCAUCACGCCGGUAUUCCAUGACGGAAAGAUAGUUUUCUAUGUUGCGUCGCGAGGUCAUCAUGCAGAUAUUGGUGGCAUUUCCGCUGGGUCGCUACCUCCAAACUCCACAGAGCUAUGGCAAGAAGGUGCUGCCAUUGAAUCUAUACAUCUUGUGCGUGAUGGUGUCUUUGAUGAGGAAGCUGUGCGAGAGCACCUACUCAUCCGCCCUGCACAGUACCCUGGAUGUAGUGGAGCACGUAACCUGUCCGAUAACAUGGCAGACUUACGAGCACAGACUGGUGCCAACCAGAAGGGUGAUCCAAUUAAUCGGCCAGCUGCUGCAGGAUUCUAUAUGAAAGCUAUACAAGAAAAUGCCGAGAUUGCUGUUAGACGACUGCUCAAGGAAACUCAUCAAAAAUUCGGAGGACAAACGCUCAAGGCAGUUGACUAUAUGGACGACGGAAGUCCAAUUUGUCUAUCCAUUGACAUUAAUGGAAAGGAGGGCACCGCUGUCUUUGAUUUCACCGGCACAGGACCUGAAGUAUACGGCAGUACUAAUGCCCCGACAUCAGUCACAUACUCCGCCAUCAUCUAUGUACUGCGAUGCCUCGUCAAGGAGGAUAUCCCACUGAAUCAAGGAUGCCUAAACCCUAUCAAUGUUAUCAUGCCACCGCGCACCAUCUUGUCCCCCAGCGCCGACGCUGCAAUUGUUGGAGGUAAUUGUGUCACGUCGCAGCGUGUCACGGACGUCAUUUUACGCUGUUUCGAUGCGUGUGCCGCUAGUCAAGGGUGUCUGAACAAUCUCACUUUCGGCACAAGCAGUCGUCUAAAUCCAGAUGGCUCUUACACCCCGGGAUACGGAUACUACGAAACCAUUGCGGGCGGAGCCGGAGCUGGUCCUGGCUGGCAUGGCACAGAUGGCGUACACGUCCACAUGACGAACACGCGUAUCACCGACUGUGAAGUUUUUGAGCGUCGUUAUCCCUGCAUGGUGCGCUCAGUUGGCUUGCGCAAUGGCUCUGGCGGCGCAGGCCAGUACAAAGGUGGUGAAGGAUGUGUGCGAGAAAUAGAGUCCCGCAAGCCUCUAUCUGUCUCUAUCCUCUCAGAUCGUCGUUCACAUGCUCCUUAUGGUUUACAGGGCGGCGAAGACGGAGCUAUGGGUAGGAAUUUGUUCGUGAAAGAUGACCGGACCAUCAACCUGGGGCCCAAGAACACUAUCCGUGCGAACCCAGGAGACCGAGUGAUCAUCAUGACCCCUGGAGGAGGAGGAGGCUGGGGAGAUGCUCGGGAGGCAAAGCAAGAGAUAAAUGGAGCUAAACCUGUGCAGCAUCAAAGAGCGAUGGGGAGUGUGGCAGCUAUCAACGCUGCUCAGCACAGUAAUUAG